AUGCCGCUUUUGCAUCAAUUCACCAGGUCAUUACGAAGAUAUGGCACUUACGUUCAGCGCGAAGUUCCGAAGACGAAAAAGCAGUUUACAGAGCUGUUGGAGAAGCCGAUUGAACAGCCUGAAGAGGCAAAGUUGCUUCGAGUUGCCAUUGUUGGAUGUCCGAAUGUAGGCAAAUCAACACUGCUCAACCAGUUGAUCAAUUGGAAGGUGAGCGCAGUCUCAUCGAAGGUGCACACCACGCAGAAAAAUGUCAUCGGCGUCUUUGUGGAGGAUAAGACGCAAAUUGAAUUCAUUGACACGCCGGGACUGGUAAACAACAGGCACAUCAGUCGCCACAAUCUUGAAAAGUCACUAGUCGAUGAUGUUUACUACUCCAUGGUCAAGUCUGAUGUGAUUGCCAUCCUUGCCGAUGUUUCAAAUGAACGAGAAAGGCACAAGAUCAACCGCGGCAUUCUUGAGAUGCUGAGGAAAAAUCGCGACAAGGAGUCAAUUCUUCUGCUCAACAAAAUCGACCGAGUAAAGCAAAAGCGCAAUCUUCUUGAUAUUACCUCAACACUCUGCUCAGGAAUAGUGGGUGGAAAUCCGAUUCACAAACCAGAUCGAAGUAGCAUUAAAAUGCAACUGAAACGGGGACAAUUUGACGAGCUUUUUAAAGAAACGGAGGAAAAGUACCUCAAAUAUGCGGACAGGGAACAAGAUGAAAACAGUGCGGUCGAAAAUGAAGAUGGAAUUGGAUGGCCUAACUUUAGCCGUGUUUUCAUGAUAUCUGCCCUGCACAAUGACGGCGUUGAUGACCUGCGGAGGUACCUUCUCAGCAAGGCAAAGCAUCGGCCGUGGCUGUACAGUGGCAGUGCCGUCACUUUAGAGAAUCCGAAAAACUUGAUAUUUGACGGAAUCAGAGAAGUGUGCCUCGAGCUGUUUCACCAGGAAAUCCCGUACAGUAUCAACUUUGAGAUAGUCAUGUGGGACCUUGAUGAGGUGGGCAACCUCUUUAUUGCAGUGAACCUGUUCUGUCCAGCCAAGUUUCAGUCGCUGAUCAUCGGCCCAAAGGGCAGCACCAUUUCUACCAUUGUUCGCAAGUCACGUGAAGCUCUCUGUACUAUAUUCCGCUGUGAUGUAUCGCUGAAAAUUGCAGUCAAAGGUAUAAAGUAA